AUGGUCGAUCAGAAGGCAGGCUCGGCCAUGCUGCUGGCGGCCACAUGCGCCGUGGCUGCGCUAGGCGGCCUCGCCUUCGGCUACGCUCUGGCCGUACCCUCGGGCGCACUGCCGCACCUCCGCGACCGCUUCCUGCUGAGCUCGGCACAGCAGGAGCUGGCGGUCGGCGCCGCGCUGGCGGGCGCCCUCCUCGCCUCCUUCUUGGGCGGGCCCCUCCUCGACCGGCUGGGCCGUCGCGCCGCCGUGGGGUGCAGCGGCGCCCUGCUGGUGACGGGCAGCGCCUUUCUCGCGUGCGCACCCUCGUACGCCGCUCUGCUCGGGGGCCGCGCCGUCGUGGGGGCGGCCAUCGCGGCGUCCUCCGUGGCGACGUGCGUCUACGUGGCCGAGGUGGCGCACCCGCGCCGUCGCGGGGCCCUCGUGUCGGCCUACGAGCUGGGCGUGACGGGCGGGGUGCUCGCCGCGUACGCCGCCAACCUGGUGCUGGGGAGAGGCCCCGGGGAGACGGUGGGCGGCGUCGCGCCGUGGCGGUGGAUGUUCGGCCUGUGCUGCGUGCCGGCCCUCGCGCAGGUGAUGCUGCUCGUGGCGUGCCUUCCUGCGUCGCCGCGCUCGCUGCUGCGGUGCGGGCAGGCCGACGCCGCGGAGAGGACCCUGCGCAGGAUCCUGGGGCAGCAGGAUGUCAGCGCAGACAUCGACGCACUCAGAUCAUCUUUGGAGAUGGAGAAGCAAUAUAGCGUGCUUGACCUUCUGCGGAGGAAGGACAACAUGCGCACGCGCAUGCUCAUCGGCGGCGGACUCGUCACGUUCCAGCAGCUCACGGGCCAGCCCACCGUGCUCUUCUACGCGGCGAGCGUGUUCCGUGCGGCGGGGUACCGCGGGGAGGCCUCCGCGCUGCUCGCCUCCGUGGGCCUCGGCCUCGUCAAGGUGGCCGCCACCUCCGUGGCCGUGGCCGUGGUGGAUCGCGUCGGGCGCCGCCGCUCGUUGCUCGCCGGCUCCGUCGCCAUGGCCCUCUCGCUCGCGGCGGUGGCGGCCGCCACGUCCGGCCUGGGGAACGCAGCGGGCGGCAACACGAGCGCCGUCGCGUCGGGAGGGAACGACACAAUGGGCGGACCACCGUGGGCCAACUGGACGCACGUGGAGGAUGGAGGUGUGAGCGUGGGCCCCACCGCCCGCUGGGCCUCGCUGCUCGCCAUCCUGGCCUUCGUCGGCGCCUUCUCACUCAGCUACGGGCCUAUGACCUGGGUGCUGCUGAGUGAGAUAUUCCCGGCUGGCAUCAAGGGUCGGGCGAUCGCUGUGACCACCAGCCUCAACUGGGGCAUCAAUCUGGUGGUGUCGCUCGUCUUUCUGGAUAUCAUCGAGUGCCUGGGGCUAUCAACGACAUUCCUGAUGUAUGCCAUCAUGGGCGUGGUGUCCGUGGUAUUUGUGAACGCAUUCGUGCCCGAGACGAAGGGUCAGACCCUCGAGGAAAUAUCCCAGCAGCUAAAUUCCACACACACGAGGGCGCUGUGGUGCUGUGGAGAUGCGAAGCGAAGGCAGAAUCACGAAGAGGUCCAGUACCGGCGGCUGGAUGGUUGUGCUCCCCUUUAAGGGGGGGGGGGGGGGACCCAUUUCAGUGAGAUUGACACGUGGCUUUUCCACGUGUACGGUUUCUACUGCAUUUCUAUGAAGCGUUUGCUCGGUAAACAAGUAAUGAACGCACAACCAUUUUGGGAUGGUCAAGUUAGCAUGAUCAUCAAAGAGCUUUCUGAAUUUACACCGGAGGAUUUAUUUCAAUAAGGCUUCAGUAACUACGAUAUGUAUUGCAUUUUCAGUCGGUCAUUGUGAUGAACAAAUGUUGACGACGUAGCCAGUCAACUUCUUGAUUCUUUCGGUAAAGUCACGUAGAAGGGAAAUAAU